UUAUUAGGACCUGUGCCUUCAAGGUUUUCUUCGCUGGAACAUUUCCGAAACUCUCCAAACUUUUUUAUUUAAAAUUUUUGAGCGAUAACGUCACCAACUUUUUCAAAGACAUUAUAUAGGCCAUGAUUCUGGACAUAUGGGGUAAACAAGAAAACGUGAAAAAAAUAUAUUUCGAUGACAUCAGUUGGAUACCUUCCUUUUUCCCUCGGAGAAUUCGAAACCAGUCCAUAUAAAUGCGUCCAAUCGCGAUGUCCAUAUAAAUGCAGUUGAAUUCCAGCCCAGUUAAAUUGCAGUCAAUGCGGACGUGCAAGCCAGUGUGAUAAGUGGUCGAGAAAGUAACUGGAACUGUGGUGUGUCUUACGAAGCAAUUAAUCGGCUUAAAUAUUUGUACGCGGUAAUAAACGAAGUUUUCAAAUUGUAUUCACCAGCUGUAUUUAUUGAAAGACAAUGUAAGAGACCUUAUAAAUUUUCGCCCGCAUUGCCAAGUGAGGAAUUCGUCAUUUUGAAGAAUGGUCAUUCUGAAGAAAGGUCAUCCUGAAGAAAAGUCAGUUAAUCUGAGUCUGGAUUUACGCGAUUCAGCGUGAUGAAAAAUGCUACGAUGAACCAGAAAAGUAAGGGAAAAUUCUUAGACAAUUACGCGUAUCAUAACUCUAUAUUAUGCUCUGUUCAGAUUAGAAAUGGGAAUGUGCAGCCAAUAGAUUUGCAUUAUUGGAAAUAAAAAUCUUAAUGUUUCAUCUGUUAUCACAACGCGAAUUGAAAUCUUGUGCGAAAAUUACCUUACCGAUGAAAUUGAACAAGAAAAGUUUGGGUUUGAUAGCGGACGGUGGGUUUUGGCUGAUUGUUCAGCGUAUAAACAAGGUGCCCAAUUCAAGGUUAGGUUAGUAAUAUGGCGGCACGUUCAAUAUAUAAAGACAUUUCAUCAACGCUGAAUGUGAGUUAGAUUAAAUGUAGUUUGUUUUAUAUUGUUACGAAAUAAAAAUAAUCUAAAAGAGCUUGUAAUAAAUAUUUAAAAAAAGGCUAUAAAUAUAUCUUGCUAAGAUAUAUAUAUAUAUCAUAUUUUUUAAAUACUUAAAUAUUUAAAUAUUUUUUAAACUUUAGUUCUUAAGUAUAAAUUUAAAACGGGAGGACAAUAAAUUAAGAUAAAAUUGUUGAUAUGUCUAAUAACUAUGAGAAAUUUACAUUAAAUUUUAUAUAUAAAAUAAAUUUUAUAACAUCGAAAGCUUGCAUUGUAUUAGAUUACAGGCGCACAGAGAAUUGCCCACCUUUCUAAUCUUAUGUAAGGUUACUGCCCAAAUCAUACCAGUCAGUAUUGGUAUAUAUAACGAGGUGUAAUAGCCGAUACCACAGUAGCGCUCAGCCAUUCUUACACGUUACAUCGUACAAACAAAUGUGAAACAAGAUCCACACAUCUCAUAGUUCUGACAAGCGUUCCAGACAAUACUCGCCAUGGAAUAUUGGACGAUACUGCUAUCCAUCGUGACAGGCCUUUACGUUAUCCACCAUCUUUUUAGAAGAUUCAGUUAUUUCAAAAGGAACGGCAUUAUCCAUAUUCCACCUAUAAUGGUAUUUGGUAGUAUGGCUUCGGUUCUAUUUCGGCAAAUAUCACUCGGGAAUUAUAUCCAAAACCUGUACUAUUACAUACCAAACGCGAAGUAUUUUGGAUUCUACGCCACAUCGCAACCUAUCGUCUUGCUGCGCGACCCGGAGCUCAUUAAGGAAAUCUUUAUCAAGAACUUCGAGACGUUCCCUAAUCGCCGUGGUUUCAGCGAAUUAAAUGAGAAUUUAUUUUCAAAUAGUUUAUUCUCCUUACGGGAUCAAAAAUGGAGAGACAUGAGGAAUUUACUGAGCCCAGCUUUUACACCCAGCAAGAUGAAAACCAUGUACACCAUGAUAACAGAGUAUGCUGUGAACUUCACCAAGACUCUAUCGAAAAUAUCAGCAGAUGAGAGCGACAUGGAUAUAAGAGACAUAUGCUGCAAGUACGCGAACGAUGUCUUUGUUGCGUGUACUUUUGGGAUUACGAUCGAUUCAUUGAACGAUCCCACCAACAUCUUUUACCUUCAUUGCAAAGAAGCAUCCAGACUCUUUGGGAACUUUUCCUUCAAGUUAUCUUUCUUUAAAGCGUUUCCGAAUCUCUGCAAAUUCCUUCGUUUAAGAUUCCUAAGUGAUGACACCGUCAACUUUUUCACGGACGUCGUAAAGACCAUAAUCACCACUCGCCACGUCGCGAACUUUACACGCCCGGACAUAAUACAGUUGAUGAUGGACAUCAACGGUAAAUGUGAAAACGACGGAGAAAUGAGCAUCGACGACAUGGCUGCGCAAGCAUUUAUUUUCUUCCUCGCCACCACCGAAAGCAGUUCAACUGCUAUGUCCUUCAUAGCCUUUGAGAUUGCAGCUAAUCCGAACGUCCAAGCGAAGUUGCGGGAAGAAAUCGAUGAAGCAUUGAAAAACUCGAACGGGGAAGUGUCUUACGAAGUAAUUAAUCGUCUUGAAUAUUUGAAUGCGGUAAUAUGGGAAGUUCUCAGGUUGCAUCCGCCGACUAUGAUUAUUGAAAGAAUAUGUGAGAAAGCUUACGAAUUUCCGCCUGCAUUGCCAAAUGAAAAAUCUUUCAUUCUGAAAAAAGGUCAGAUAAUCUGGGUCCCGAUAUACGCGAUUCAUCUUGAUGAAAAACAUUACGGUGAACCGAAAAAAUUUUGUCCGGAAAGAUUCUUAGGCGAUAACGCAUAUUAUAAUUGUCCGCAUUACGCUCCGUUUGGACUAGGACCGCGAAUGUGCAUAGCCAAUAGAUUUGCAUUGUUGAAAAUGAAAAUCUUCGUGUUUCAUCUAUUAGCGCGGUGUGAGCUGAAAUCUUGUGCGAGAACUACCUUCCCGGUAAAAUUAAGCACGAAAGCUCUGCGUAUGAUACCAGAAGAUGGAUUCUGGCUAAAUGUUCAGCCUCUUGGGACCUAUUAUCUCUUCAAACAUUUUAAUUUUUUUCGAAGACACGGUCUCUUUCAUGUACCGUCUGUUCCGAUAUUAGGAUCCAUGAUACCGGUUAUAUUUCGCCAAGUGUCAUUCACCGAUUUCCUUAUAAACAUGUACAAUUUUAAGGACGUCAAAUACUUGGGAUUCUACGCCAUGACGCAACCUAUGAUCCUGCUUCGUGAUCCGGAGCUUGUUAAAGAGAUUCUCAUCAAGAAAUUCGACUCAUUUCCAGAUCGCCGUGGCUUUAUCGAAAUCAACGAUCCCUUGUCAGCAAAGAAUUUGUUCUCCCUUCAGGGUCAAAAAUGGAAAGACGUGAGAACUUUAUUGAGUCCAGCUUUCACGUCCAGCAAGAUGAAGACUAUGUUCGUGCUGAUGUCGGAAUGCGCUGUAGACUUUACUCGGUUUCUAUCGGAAACAGAUACAAGUGACAUAGAUAUGAAAGACAUCUUCAACAAAUUCACGAACGACGUUAUUGCAACGUGUGCAUUCGGGAUUAAAAUAGAUUCCAUGAAAAAUCCGACAAACAAGUUCUUCAUUUACGGCAAAGAAGUCACGUCCUUCCAAGGAAUUCGAGCCGUUAAGUUCCUCACUUUCAAGACAUUUCCGAAACUCGCACGACUUCUCGGCUUGAAGUUGAUAAGCGACGAUAUCGUGAAUUUUUUUAGGGAGAUUGUACAAACCACAAUCGCAACUCGUGACGCCGAGAAUAUUACGCGUCCGGACAUGAUACAACUGAUGAUGGACAUCAGAGGUAAACGCGAGACCGAGAGGGAACUGAGUAUCGACGACAUGACAGCACAAGCAUUCAUUUUCUUCUUUGGUGGUUUCGACAGCACUGCAACUGUGAUGUCAUUCGCAGCUCACGAGAUCGCGACUAAUCCGGACGUCCAAACGAAGCUGCGGCUGGAGAUCGACGAAGUUCUGAAGGAGUCCAACGGGAAAGUGACUUAUGAAGCCCUUAAUCGGCUCAAGUAUUUGGACGCGGUAGUAAACGAAGUUCUGAGGUUGUAUCCGGCACCUUUCAUAGAGAGAGUAUGCGGCAAAGAUUAUGAACUGCCUCCCGCGUACCCGGGAGGGAAGCCCUUCACUCUGAAGAAAGAUAUGAUUGUCUGGGUCCCGGUCUACGGAAUUCAUCGUGAUGAGAAGUAUUACGAUGAUCCGCAAAAAUUUCGCCCGGAGAGAUUCUUGGACAAUAACGUUUACCACAACUCUCCGUGUUACAUACCAUUUGGUUCAGGGCCGCGUAUUUGCAUAGCUAAUAGGUUUGGCUUGCUGGAAGUGAAGAUCUUAUUGUUUCAUCUAUUAGCGCGAUGCGAGCUGAAACCUUGUGCUAAAACUUCGUUGCCGUUAAAAUUUAGCAAGAAAAACUUGGCAAUAAUACCGGAAGGCGGAUUCUGGUUAAAUGUUAAACGGAGGAGCGAUAUACAUCCUAUGAUCGAUGUUGAUUUAAGCAUGUCUAGCGAUGCGACUAAUUCUUGAAGAUAUUUAAGAUCGCUGAAAAUGAAUUGAAUUAAGUUUAACUAUUGUUAGACAUUUUUUUAAAAGUUUUGUAUGUUGUGUUUCAUAUAUUUCAAUUAAUUUUGAUUUAUCGUCACAUUCUUGAUAAAAUUAUAUAUUAUUUUGUAUAAUUAUUACAGCAAAGGGAGAGGUGUUUAUAAUUAUUUGUCUACAAAGGAGUUUUAAAAUUUUAUUGCAACAAAAUGUUACAAGAAAAACAUGCAACUCUCUUAUUAUUAAGUCUACUUGAAUAUUAUAGAUGUUUACAUUAAGCUUUAUUACGUCGUCACAAUGUAAUUUCAUUAAGUGAUACGCAAUUUUUUUUAUUUAACGCGCUUCUAUUAAUUCUUUAUACUCUAUGUGACAAUCUGAUUAGCUUUAAGAGUUUUGGCGCUAUUCCAUACGUGCAAAUUCUGGUAAUAAUAAAAUGGUAUGAAAUUUAAA